UCAAAUCUUGUGCGCAGAGGAAUGGGUGAACGAGAAAAUGAAGGUCCUUGAAGAAGGUUUUUUGAUUAUUUAAUUUUUAGUUUAACGCCUUGAUUUGCGCACUAUAUAAUGUAGGAAGUUGACUUGCGUAGAUUUCCUCUACAAGGUCAUAUAUAAAGAGAAUGCCUUCCUCGAUAUACUUCGCCUUCUGUUUCCUCUCAGCGUACCUGCAUGUCGCCGCCACCCAGGGGAACGACUUGGAGCUGUCCAUCCCCCCACAGGACACCUCCUGCAACAAGCUGUCCCAGAUCGAGGAGAUCCCCGUCACCGGUCAGCUGACGAUCAGGUCGAAGGAACUGAUCAAACACAACCCCCACUCGUAUUUCGUGUUUGAGGUCUCUCAACCAGGCAGCCCGUACAUGGAGACGUGUCACAUAGCCUUCGCCAACUGUACGCAUGAAAGAGGCAGACAGUGCUACUGUUUCUCCCUGGAUAAAGUCAACUACGACGUGGUCUACGUCCAUAAGGCUGGGCUCAAUGAGCAGAAGACCUGGGUCAGGCUCUCCUGGUUGUCGGUGACAGGGAAGAAGCUGUUGGAUCCACAGGAGGGGAAUGUUGCCCAUUCGUAUAACAUCAAGGAAGUGCCAGGAAUGAACGGAAACAUCACUCUCAACGGCGGAGAACUGGACUUGAGCAGCGAGUGCACCUUCGGCCAGUACCUCAUGGACAAGAACACCUUCUACGCCUGCUGCCCCUCGAAGGUCAGCCCCUGUCACGUGGAGAUCACGUACGGCGAUCAGAACGUGGCCAGGGAGCACUGCGUGAUGAUCACGGACGUGAGCAAGGAGGAGUUGAAAAGCUAUUUCAAGCUGGAGUUCUUCAUUUGCAACUACUAUAGAAAGAUUUUUCAUUGCUAUGAAUUCCCAGUGAUGAAUUUGCAAGGUUUUGUGGAGGAUCUGACAACAGACAACACCCAGUCUGUGCUGAUGUUUACCAUGGUGGGGAUCAUCAUCAUCUGUUUGGUGGUGGCGGUGACACUCUACUACAAGGAAAGGAUAAAAGUCAAGCAAAGAUCUGGUGGUUAAACAAUUUUGUUCGAAGACCCUAAGGUUAGAUCGCUGCCAGCUUGCGUGAGCCUUUCGUCUUGCCAGAUAAGCUGAGGAAAAAACAAGCCAAGUUCUGAAUUAUAAAAAAAAGGAUAUUAUUUUAGUCCAAGAAAUUUCUAAUUUUCAAGUGUCAUCAUCUUGUCCGGAAUAAUAAUAUAAUUCUGGAAAUUAUCUUUAAAAGAGUUAAAGUCUAUUUUAUUUCAAGAAUGAAUAUAAAAAAUAAAUAAACAUCUUAUAACA